CGGUCAAAUGUUUACAAUUUUAUGAAAUGAUAAUUAUCAUUAACAUAAACAAAUUUAAUUAAUGCGAUUAUAAAUUAACAAACAACCGGUUUAUCUAAUAAAUUAAAAAAUAAAUCAAGGUUAUUUUUAUUAAGAUGUUGUUCAAUUCUUUUAUCAAACGUUUCGCCUCAUGCGCUUUAAAGUCAAAGAACCACUUUCUCUUUAUUGACCACAAUUUCCGUUCAACAGCCUUGAACAGUGCUCAGUGUUAUUCAUCGAAAACUAAAGGAAAAAUGGCUGCAAAACUCACAACUGAAGAAAGAAACACCACACUGUCCGCCCUCCUCAACCAAGGAUGGUCCAUGGUUAACAACAGAGAUGCAAUUUAUAAAGAGUACUUAUUUAAAGAUUUUAAUCAGGCUUUUGGUUUUAUGUCCAGAAUAGCACUGAUGUCAGAAAAAAUGGACCAUCAUCCAGAGUGGUUUAAUGUUUAUAAUAAAGUGCAAGUAACAUUGUCUUCCCAUGAUGUUAAUGGUUUAAGUGGACGGGAUGUUAAGCUUGCCAAUUUCAUGGAGACUGUUGCCAAAGGUAUUUCACAAUAAAAUGUUUCAAACAGGGAAUUACAUGGUAUUACAUAUAAUAAAUAUAUUUAGUUAUUUUAAAAUUUUAUUAUACAGUUUUAAUAAAUGUAUGUAAAUGCAUAAA